UUUGACCGUUAAUUGCAUUUAAAAAGUCCACAAAACCAGAGAUGACCGUUGCAAAACCCUCGCACUCUUUAACUUUUCAAAUCUCCUCAAUAUAUCCUUCACCCUUUCUCAUCUCUACCCUUUCUCUGUUUACCCUUUCUCUGUUUCUUUCUCUAUCAUCAUAUCACAUUCAUAUCCUAAUCCAAAUCCAAACCAACAAAAAAGCUCCAUAAUUUACAUCAAUGGAGUCGAAAUCCCAACACCCACUUCACCAAAUCGCCGAAACCCCAACCCACAAACUCCUCCUCAAACAAUGGCUUAAAGAACAAGACCUGAUUCUCGGCAGAAUCUCCCUCAAAGAAUCCCAAAUCGAUGGAAUUCAAAAAGAAAUCACAAAUCUUUACACCAUUUUUUUCCUUUUCCAUUCAUUUUCUCUCCUCUUUCUGUUCAACAUUUCCACCAUUAAUAAUCCCACUUCCUGUAAAAAAUCAUGGGUUCCUUCUCUUUGUUCUUUGUUCUUUUCCAUGGCGGUUAUCUGGGCAAUUCGGUACAAAACUGAUGUAGAUUCCCAUCUUCAGAAGCUUCUAGAAAGGGAAAAGGAAGAUUGGAAGUUAUUAGGGAAAUGUGUGGAGGAAUUGAAGAAGAAAGGAAUUGAAUUUGAUUUGUUGAAGGAAGUUGAUGCACUAAGAAGGGCUAAAAGUAUGAGGAUUGAAACUAAAGUUGUUAGAAAAUGGUCUUCUAGAGAUUUUGUUACUAUGUUUUUCUUUGCUAUUUCUUGCCUUAUUUUGGGUCUAACUAGGGUUAUCUUGUGUAGUUAGGUAAAUACUAUAGUCUAUAUAUGUUGGGUUGGGUACUUAUUUUGUUAGGUAUUUUUGGGGUUUUUGUAAGGUGAUUAUUUAUUUCAUGGCUAAUGAAUUAUUUUGGGGAAAUUGUGUAUUGAUUGGUGUCUAAAGCCAAUCUUAAAUCAAAUAAAAUUG